UUGAGGUUAGAAAACCAAAACAGAUCGCGAAACAAAAAAAAAUGUAAACAAACAUUUUGGUAAAAAUGCAAAAAGAAAACCUUAUAAAUGUUCCCUAAAAAACCGGUAAAGCUCGUUACCUGCUUAGUGGUAGCUUUGUUCUUUUUCAUCCUAAACUAUUUGCUGAAACUCUUGCCGGUCACCGAUGAUGGCCACAAGUACGAAAACAAAAUCGACAUGCUCAUUUUUGAAGAACUUAAACACUUACCUAAGUACCAUAUAAAUGAACACGAGGAUACUAAGGCAGCUAUGUUCCUAGAGGCAGUUAAAAGUGCUGAAAAUGUGGAGAUAUCCAAGUUGAAUUUAAAAGAACUGUGGGACGAGGCCAACCUGUGGCCUUCGGUUAACCAACUUACCAAUAUCACUAGUCCUAGUAUUGGUAGUAUUAUGUAUGCAUUGAAACAUGCCAGAAUUACUAAGGCUGAUUUAGAUACAAGGGGCACACAAUUAAAACUACUAUUAACUUUAACUGGUGGACAACUGUGUGUAUUCAAACCAAAAUGGUACGAAAAAGAAAAAGUUAUCGAAGGACCAGUCUAUUCUGGUAAAGACAGAUAUGGUGCUGAAAUUGUAGCUUUCUACCUCUCGAUACUGCUAAAUAAACCGCUCACGCCCAUUAGUGUACAAAGAACUAUUUCCUUAAAAUAUGAUAUCUUGCCGGUAGCAACAAAGAGGCUGUUGAACACCACUUUUUUGAGAAAUAAUAGGACUUGUAUAUAUGGUAAAUGCUUUUACUGUAGAAAAGAGGAUCCAAUAUGCGAGGAUGAACAUAAUUUUUUAACUGGUGCUGUGAUAUUUAAUGUGAAGAAGAGUUUUAGUAAUUAUAGGUCACCUUGGCAAAGGACGUAUAAGAAAACUAAAAGAGCUCAGUGGGAAUCUGAUCUGGAUUAUUGCAAAAUGGUGAAAACAAAACUACAAAAACGCCGAAUUCUAGAUUUAAUUGACACGGCUAUUUUUGAUUUUUUAAUACAAAAUGGAGAUCGACACCAUUAUGAAACGUUUGAAGACACUGUUGUGUGGAUAGAUAAUGGAAAAGGAUUAGGAAACCCUUUUGUCCAGCACCUUGAUAUUUUGGCACCCCUUUACCAAUGUUGUAUGCUCAGGAAAAAAACAUGGAAAUCCCUGCAAAACCUUUCAGGUGGAAAUCUUACAAAGUAUAUGAGACUGAUGCCAGAUGUUCAGGAUGUUUUGACAGAAUUACAUCUUCAAGCUAUAGAAAAAAGACUUCUCUUAGUCUUUGCCACUGUAGAAUAUUGUAAUAAAAAGAAUAAUAAGGUCAGAUAGUAGUUUUUUCUAUGUGUGUAUUAAAAACGAUAUAUAUUUU